UGGUUGUAAAUGGGAAUGGCGAAACUAGUAGCUGGUGAGUGGAAAGAAAAUUUUGCAGAAUCAAAUGUAGAAUCUCGUGUGGUGUUGCAAUGGCUUUACAUCCAGAUUGGAAAGCUCCUUCAACUGUUGAUUUUUCGUGGAAACAGUUUGUUAGGGAAGGUUGUUCACAAAUCGAAGAAGAUACAAAGAACAAAAAGGUAAAAUCAGGCAAUCAUUUAACUGGACAAGAAGCGAAAUAUAUUUAUGAGGAAAUUGUCGGUUCAGAUAUUUAUCCUGAAAACAAGCCAACGAUAAGCUCAGGACACAGCAAGAAAACAAGUGCUUGUGUUAAUUCUGUAGAACCUUGUGUAAGGAUAAAGAAAUCCCAAGACAGAGCAAGUGUUAAUGUGACGGACCAGUAUGGGUGGACUGCACUUAUGUCUGCAGCUUGUGCUGGUGCCGUGGAGGUUGUGAAAUUCCUCAUCUCCUGUGGAGCUGAUGUAAGUCUAAGAGACAAGAGUGGGAACACUUGCCUGUCUCUUGCAAGAAGAAACGGCCACCAUGAAGUCGUGCAGGCAAUCACAGAGGGCCACAGGCAGACUGAAGCAGAGAGUCAACCAUCUCAAACUAGGCAUGUUGAAUUUUACUGUGAAUCAUGCAAGCAGAAUUUUCAUAGUACCAGCAGGGAGCAGCAUGCUACAUCCACAGUUCACCUCUUCAGCUCUAGGCCACAGGUUGCAGUACCAACUAUGUAUGGCAUUCCAACAAGUAACAAGGGGUACCAGAUUCUUCUUAAGCGGGGUUGGGACAGGGAGAAAGGGCUUGGACCUGAUGGAUCAGGGCAUAAGUUUCCACUGAAGACAGUGCUGAAAUGUGACAGGAAAGGGUUUGGGGCUGACACCAAAGAGAAGGCACGAGUGACGCACUUCAAGCCGCAUGCCUUUCCAGUGGAGCAGAAGACAAACACUGGCAGUAGGCGCAAGAGGGAGGCACUGCGCAACAAGGAGCGCAGAAAAGAGCAGGCAUUACGACGGGAACUGGGAGACAUGCUCUGAAAUCUGGUGCCUAAGACUAGAGUCUUGAGUGUACUACAUAUAUUGGCAUAGUUUCUUUCUCUGAAGGUUUGUGACUAUGGUCAAUUCCUUAUAUGGGUAUUGUAUUGUACAUGUUCCAUUGUCUGUGCUAUAUUUGACAUAGGCUGAUGUCCGAGAUCUGGUUUGUACAACACAGUGUGUAUGAAAUACACCAGAGACAGUGAGAAAUAUAAUGUUUAUGUAACUGAUAUAUAGCGUGUUUGAUUAUCAUGUAUUUCUCUUUAGGCAUUGCAGGGGAAGACUGGCUCUCUCAGCUUCUGUGCUCCGAGACUGAGAUGAUAUAUAUAGCCACAGCAGACAAGACUUCGAUAUUUGGACUGAUCAAUUUUAGAUAGUGGGAAUGUAGCCUAGGGAACAUGUUGGAAAAUAGGAGCUGUAAGCGUAGAACGGCCAUUUAGAAUGAAAUGCAAAGUGUUACCAUUUUCUGUUCAAGGUUUCAUGCUAAUGACUCUCCCUUUCUCCUGUAUUCGUUACCAGUGCCACUUAUUAUCGAAUGCCAUCUCCCACCAAUAACACACAACAUAGCUGACUCACAUGUAUACUGUGUAAUUUACAUAUGUAUGCAGCAUGUUAAUGAGCAAGGGUUCACGGCUGUCAUAACAUAAAUUUGCAUAAUGACAGCGAUCAAUGUUACACACAUAAAACUUCUUUGUUAUAAAUGUAGUUAGUAUACAUUAGAUAGUACUGUGAUUGUGAAAGAAAAUAAUUUUCAGAUGUUGACAGAUGUACACAUUCUGAAGCCCUCUGAAUACAGAAAAGCAGGGUUUUCAAAUACAGCCUGAGUGUCUCCACAUACAUGCACCUUACUUGAACAAUUGCGUCCUUAUUGGUAAUUAGUGUUUGACAGUAUCUGUCGUAUAUUGGUGCCCAGUGAACGUGAACAUUCUAGGUCCAAGAAAUAAAAUGAUUUUCUUGAAAACAGCUCUACCAGUUGUGAUCAAAUUUCAGCAACUUUCCCAAAUAAAAGUGCACAGGUGGUACUUUGAGGCCCAUUAUGGUACACACAGUAGAGACCCAGAUGCAAAAUGUUCAUCUGUCAAAGCCAGCUUUAGUAAUUAGAUGGGCUUCACUGUUGUUCAUUAUUCAGUAACACAGCUCCAUUGAGCAACAGUCAGCUUCAUUUCCAAGGUAAUGUAAAUAAGGUAAACUGUACAUGAGGAAGUAUGUCCAGCAUCUUUGUGUUUGUGUGUAUAUAUGGCUUAUUUAAAAUCAUAAUUAUCAUUAUCAUUUAAAUCAUAGAUGCAUAUAAUUCAGAGACUCCAAGAGAAAAGCGCAGUGAUAUAGCUGAUGUUUUCCAGAAUUAUUUUCUCUCUGUAGUAGAUAAAAUAAGAUCUAAUAUAAAUAGGAAUGAUAUUCCUGAUAAGAACUGUAUGGACUACCUUUUCAAAGCCUUUAAGAAACCUUUUCCAAAACUAGAUCUGAAACGGACAUCGACUAAGGAGAUUGCAAAAAUAAUCAAAGAUCUCAAACCUAAAAAUUCAUCUGGAUACGAUGAAAUCUCCCUCAAAAUACUAAAAAUAAGCUCUCCAUAUAUUGUUGCCCCAUUAAAUUAUAUUUGCAACAGAGUAAUCUUAUCAGGUAAAUUUCCAUCUCGAUUGAAAUAUUCCAUAAUAAAACCAAUUUAUAAGAAGGGUGAUAAAAAAGAUAUUAAGAACUAUAGACCAAUUUCACUAUUGACAUCCUUCUCAAAAAUAUUUGAGAAAGUUAUACUAGCAAGAUUAUUAGAACAUGUCGUUAAUAAUAAUAUAUUAUCUACAGAUCAAUUUGGGUUUAGAAGUAAUUCCUCCACUCAGAAAGCCAUAUUUACUUUAUUAAAGUACAUUCUACAAGCAUGGAACAGCAAGUCUGUGGUGGGAGGUAUAUUCUGUGAUUUAGAAAAGGCAUUCGACAGUGUUAAUCACGAUAUAUUAUUGAA